UUGGGAGCGUAAAGUAGUAGCAACAAGUGGAGCAACAGCGCACAAUCACAGCUGCAGAUGACACCACACGAAGAAAUUAUUAUUAUUAUUCAAAAUGAUUUAGCGCCCAACAAAUAUUUACCGUAGACUUACGUUUUCGAUAAUACUUACGUUUACAUUGGCACUUUGUAAAACGUUAAGCCGUAGUAGCGCUCGUCAAUAUUUCUGAAUGAGUUCUGCUAACCGGAGCAACAUGAGUGAUCAGGACUGUUUUGGCAUUCUGGACUCUGAGUUUGAUCAUUACCUAGUGGACAUGAAACCAUAUGUGCUUAAGCUUACCGACAAGACAGAGCGGCAGCGGUGUGCACUGUGGGUUAAAACGCUGUGCGAUCCUGAGAUCUGUGGCUCUGGACUGACUGGAAGAAAAAACCGUAACAUGUACGCCCGGCUUCUUCUGCACAUGCUCAGAAAAGGAGUUUUGGACGGUCCCUUCACCCACAAACCCGAAGCAGGCAGCCUCAAGACUUUACCUACGUACACGUCUAUUUAUUUCGAUGAGCCUUUGCUGGCAAAGUCGAAGGAGCGGGGAUCUGCAGUGCUGCUGGACUGGGUCUCCGGGGAGUUGGGUCAGACCGAUGGCUCUUGGUCCACCUCACCCCUCUCAAACACGCACAGGAAGAGGAGUUUGUUCAAUGAGAAGUCACCAACCAGACCCCUGUCCUCAAGUCCCAUCAAACGCGACAUCAAAGACGAUGUCAAAAUGGCAGAGGCACGCAGGAGGCUGCCCAUCUCCUCCGAUGAUAGUGACUUUGAGGCUCGCUUUAACAGCUGGAACCUGGGGAUAGAAAACCCCAGAUAUCUGCGCGAGAACCCUGUCCCACUGUCUCCGAUUUACAACAAAUCAAGUCUUGGAAAAAACAGCACCCUUUACGACGAGGCAGCCCCAGUGAAAGCUGAUAAGGAGAUUGAGGUGAGGACUAAAGUCUUGGAGGCCAAACAUCAAGAGGAUACACUGAGGAUGCAGCAGAAACAUGACGCAGAGAUUCAGAAGAUUUUGGACCGCAAGAAUGGUGAAAUUGACGAGCUUAAGAGUGUGUAUCGUGGGAAGCAGAAGGAGGCGGAGGAGACAAUUCGGAGGCUAGAGAAGAGAGUUCAAAGCCUGCUGCGAGAGUCCCAGGUCAUCCGACAGACCAAAGAGAAACAGAUCAGCGAGCUGAAGAAAAUGUCUGAUCAAAGUGCUGAAUCUCUGAAAAACGAAUGGGAGAAGAAGCUGCAUGCUGCAGUGGCGGAGAUGGAACAAGAAAAAUUCGACCUGCAGAAGAAACACACAGACAACAUCCAGGAGCUGCUGGAGGACACCAAUCGGCGGCUCGCAAAGAUGGAGGCCGAGUACAGCAGCCAGACGCAGGCCACAGAGCAGAUAUUGCACGAGCUAGAGACCCGGGUGAAGCAGCUCUCAGUGGAGGUGGAAAAUGGGAACCUGCUCCGGCAGAAGGUCACACAGGAGAAAGCCGAGUUAGAGAUUCAUAUCGCCUCCAUCAGCGCUGAGCUUCAAGAGGCUAACCACAGGAACGUAUCCCUGCAGAAGGAGAUGGAGCAGAUGAAAGUACAGCGUGAAGAUGCUCUGCAAAAACUUCAGGCCAGGCAUAACGCUGACAUGAACCACUUCCAGCAGGAGCAUGCCCUAUCUGCAGCCAAGGCAUCAGAAGUGAUUGAAGAUUUGGAACAGACUGCGAUUCACCUCAAACAGCAGAUGCAGGAAGUUGAAAACAGGAGACAGAAACAGCUCAGGGACCGAGAGAAUAAGAUGCAGCAAGAGAUAACAGACCUACAGAAUAUCGCUGACAAAAAGCUGCAGACACUUCAGGCCGAGCUGGAAAAAGAGAGAGUCGACAGCAAGAGGAAGAUGAGCAAGAUGGAGGACUCACUCAGGGAUAAAGAGGAGCAGCUCCUUCGUCUUCGGGACAGUCAGAGGCUUCAGGCCCAGCAGGCUGAGAGUGCACUGGAGAACUUUAAGAAGCAGGUGGAGCUCAGCUCAGAGAAGACCUACGCUGACAUGAAGCAACAGAUGGAGAAAGUAGAGGCUGAUCUGAUUCGCACUAAAUCUCUACGAGAGAAACAGACGAAAGAGUUCAGUUACCAGUUGGAGGAGCUGCAGCGAAGAUACGAGCAGCAGAUUGUGGAACUGAAACUGCAGCAUGAACAGGAGCGGACGCACCUACUCCAGACACACAAUGCCGAGAAGGACAGCCUGGUCCAGGACCACCAGCGGGAAAUCGAUAGUUUGGACAAGCAGACGAGGGCCGCCAUGGUCCAGCAGCGAACGCAAACCCAGGAGUGGAGAAAGCGCGAUGCUCAGACCAUCUCCGAUCUGGAGGCCCAGGUGCGUUCUCUGAGGAAGGAGCUGUUGGCAGCCCACAGUCAGAGGAAACAGCAGCUGACGGAGUUGGGUGUGCUGCGUGAGGAGGAGCGACAGCGGGCCGCUCAGGACCAGCAGGCAGCUCUGGACCGUCUGAGGGCAGAAAUGGAUCAGGUGCGGCAGGACCUGGAACGAACCCACAAAGCUGAAAGAGAGCUGGCCCAAGAGAAGACCAACAGCAGGUUGAAGCAUCUUGAGAAGGAAUAUAAUCAGAAGCUGGCCAAGUCUGCACAGGUGAUAGCUGAGCUGCAGACAUCUCUGAGCGGAGUCAAGGAAGACAGCCGGCAGACGCAGGAGAGCCUGGAGCGACGGCUGCAGGAAGCACAGGGCCGUUGGGACGAGGAGAGGAGACAGAUCAACAGAGAUGCCGACCAAACCAACAAGGUUCUUCAAGAACGUGUGGAGACUCUACAGAGACAGCUGCAUGCCAUUGAGAAGAAGUUGAUGAGCCGCGAGUUGGAAUACCAGGAGCAGAUCACACGUGUCCGUCAGGAGUGCGAGUCGAAGAUCAAAGGCUUGAUUCCCGCAGAGCUGCAGCAGGAGCUGGAGGACACCAUCACCUCACUGAAGUCACAGGUCAGCUUCCUGCAGAAGAGAGCAUCGGUCUUACAGGAGCAGCUAGACGCUAGUCAGAUCGGAAGAAGAGUAAACCAGCUUCACGUAGCUACCAAGUUCCUGACAGCGUCCCACUGCUGCUAUCACCUCAAAGGCCAUUCCAGGACGAAAUUCAAGUUUAUUUUCCUUAAAUCUCCCAUUUCUAACAAGAUCCUCUUAAAAGCCCAUAACAAGCAGCUGAAUUGUUGCUCUCUUCAUCUGGAGGGGUGUAAGACACCAUGUCUAACUUCAAAGUCCAUCUUAACGCCACACUUUAAUUGUAUCUACUCCAGCACCCUGCAUGCCAUCUGAUUCUGCUGACUGCACUUACUGCACUUACACUAAGAGGUCUUUCUCUUUUUGGGUCCGGUCAGCCUUUCUUUUGACUCACGAGGCUUAGUUCACCCAUAAAAAAAAAAAAAAAAAAAAUCUGUCAUUAUUUGCUCACUUUUAUGUCGUUCCAAACCAGUAUGACGUUCUGUGGAACACAAAAGGAGAAAUUCAGGCCGAAUCAACCCAUGCUUUUAAAAGCGAUGUAUUGCAAUAUUGCAUUAAUAAAAUAUUGCAUUCGACGUACGAAACGUAAAAAUGCCGUGUUUGUCAAAAGUUGUUAGCAUGGUUGAUUUGGAUCAUCAAAGGUCAACAGUAAAUACAUAGAGGAUAUUUUGGUGUUUUAACAGGUUUAAUUAUCACAUCGUUUUCUCGGUUUACAUUUCAUUGAUUUUAUUCAUUUUGACAAAUACCGAAUCUGUUUUGCUCCACUUGAUAUCAAAAAAUAUCAAUAUCAAAUGUUUUUAAGCUAUUUUAUGAUUCGCUGGGUCACUUUGUGUUAAGAAAUUCUGCUUAAUGUCUCCUUUUGCAAACGCUGCAUGUGUUCGGAAAGAGCUAUGUCAAAUAAAUGACGAGAGAACUUUAUUUUCUUGAUGCGCUGUGCCUUUAAAGAUAUUGUCCCAAACUGGUCUUGUUUAUUUGCCUAAGCCAUGAUUUCCUCCAAAAGCAUGGUCAUUGUCCCAUGUGUGCCAUGCAAAUCAUGAUCUGCUUCGUUUUCUUUGGCCUCCCUGCAUCCAUGCCUUCCUCCUCCUCGUCACACUCACAUCAGACAUUCGCAAAGUGGACAUUCACACUUCACUCCUGGUGGACGUCUGUGAUAAUUGCCAUAAGCCUCCUACUUGCUUUCAUUUUCCAUUGUUCUCCCUAAAGUCUUUGCUCUGGCUUGUGAUAAAGGGAUAAUCACUUCAAAGCGAACUGCUGAGAGUUUAGCCCUGAGCUGAAAGAGCAGGCAGACAAUACAGUCAUUGAGAGCAGUUACUGAUCACAGCGUUCAUCGCGGAGCAGCAGACGCUCGCAGACGCACUCGCUUUAGCAGCUUCAAAAUGAAUACUCAGCAACUACCAAACAGGAAUAAAAAACUGGUUCUGGCCAUUGGCUGUCAACUUUAUAAGGCGCUUAUAAAGUGUGCGCAGGUUCCGGUAAAUAUCCAACAAUGACGUUUCCUUUAGGAAGAUCAUUAUUAAGCAGGUUGGGUAUGAUCAGUAAUAGGCCAUUGCACAUCAAGCUAGAUUGCAGUGUCCAACGAUAUGCAUGCAUGUCUUUGACCCUGCAAAUGGCACAUCCUGGAUGAUUAUGCCCGGACAAUGACUUCCUGCUCUCAUUAGAAUUAGAAUAGAGCAUUGCAAAAUAAGUCUCAUUUGUGGACUGUUGCCACUGUAGACAUAACAUUUGAUUAUUGAGAACAAGAUUUCCUCUGAAGAUAAGGCAAGUGAGUAAAAAUGUGUCUUAGAAAUUAUUUUCUCGAAUGUACUUGAUGUUCUGCUCGCCGCAGUAUGACAGCGAUGUACACAAAGCUUCACAUCUGCUCUUUAAAUUCAUCUCAUUUAGCACUAAUGCAUGUAUUUUAUAAUAUCCUGCUUCUUAAAGUGAAUGUAGAACAUCAAAGGAAGCGCUCAAGCCUUUGAAGUAUCAUGAGUGGAAUCAGUGGAACGUCCUCCCUCACUAGUUCAAAAUGCAGGACAAGCUUUUCUGGUAGUUUCACUUUUUUUUAGUUGAGAAGGACUUUUAACUAUACUGCUACUGUAAAGUAACCUACUUGGAACUUCUGUGGCAUUUUAACUAACCCCGUCAUGUCUUAAAGCGGUAGUUCAUGAAAGGUUUGUAAUCUUUUAGCCAGCAUGUUGUUCAAAACCUGUAUUCGGAGGAACAAAAAAUAUAUAUAUUUUGAAGACUGCUGAACACCAUUGUCUUUCGUUGUGUAGGAAAAAACGAGACACAUUUUUCUAAAUAUCUACUUUUAUAUUAUAGCCACUUUGGAAUGAGUGAAAAAACUGAGUGAAUGAUGACAUCAUUUUUAUUUUGGGGUAAACUUUUCCUUUAAAAGUCAA